AUGGACUCCUUCAGUGAUGCCUCACCACAUUCGCUGAAGCCAUGCAACAUAAGUCGUGGGCGCUGGGUGCCGCAUGCAUGGGCAUCCCUUCCGGUGUCGGACGCGGAGGUGUGGAAAGUGCCUGAGAAGGGGGCAAUCGUGCGCUGGGGUCAAAGCCUGGAGGUUUUGGCAGUUCAGUUGAAGGUGCUGGCAUCCGCGCUUCUUCGACUUCUGGAACACCCGGACCACCAUGCAGCUGCAGUUCAGGCCACAUUGCGCUCAGCUUUGCACCACUGUGCAUCGGUCAGCCACCGUGAGGUCCUUCCUGGCGUCCGGUUGUUCAUGAUGAAGUCCGGAAUCCGCUUCCAGGACUGGCGACAAGCUGUUGCCCGGGAGAAGCGGCUCAAGUCUGGCACAAGUCCUCCACCUGCUGCGCAGGAGGAAGUGGACUUGUUGUCUUCAGAUCGCCAAAGAGCAUUAGUGCGGAGUCUGCAGGUGGCUUCAUCAGUCGGCGUGCCCGAGGCAGCUCAGCUAGCCAGCCGCAUCGCAGCCUAUCUAUGUGUGUCUGAGCGACUCCAUCAUCAGGCGCAAUUGUCAGCCAAAGGCUGCGAACACAGCGGCAUUUUCGACAUCAAGCCGCAACUGAAUGCCUUCAAUGAGUCGCAGGACUUUGAGGCUCCACACCGAGUGUGGCAGCCGGUUGCGCAAGGGUUUGAGCACCAUGCGAGGAAGGUCCCGAGAUCAUUUUGUGCAAGGCCAAAGUCAUGCCCGAGGAGGUGA